GCUCAGAACCCUGGGGAAAGGAGGGGGCGUGGCCGAGCUCCGAGGGGGGCGUGGCCGCAGCCCGGAUCGGCUCCGAAGGGGGAGAGUGGGGGAUAGGUUCAGUGACGUCAGCGAGUCCGAGAGGCCGGAGCUGUGUGAGGGGCCCGGGGCGCGGAUCUCAGGAGCUGGGCGGGGAAAGCUGAGCCCGGAGAAGCUAGCAGGGAGAGCGGUGACCGGCGGGAACUGGCCCGGAGCCGCACCCCCAAGCACCUGCUCGCUUGCUCAGCCGAUCGGCCAGCGCGGAGUGGCCCACAAGUCCCCGCCCGGGCCCAGCCCCCUCCCGGGCCCCCCAUGGCCCGGGCCGCAGCGCUCCCGCCGUCGAGAUUGUCGCCGACGCUGCCGCUGUUGUCGCUGCUGCUACUGCAGCUCCGAGAAACAGGAGCCCAGGAUAUGCAGGUCCAAGUGCUCCCUGAGGUGCAGGGCCAGAUGGGUAACACCGUGGAGCUGCCGUGUCACCUGCUGCCACACACCCAGGACGUGAACGUCACGCAGGUGACCUGGCACCGCCUGAACGGAGUCUCCGUGGCCGCCUUCCACCCCAACUUCGGCACCCACUUCCCCAACCAGCAGGCCAGCCAGGAGCGCCUGGCCUUCGUCAGAGCUGGCCAGGGCGCCAAGACCAACCUGUACGACGCCACGCUCGCCAUCCGAGACCUGCGCCUGGAGGACGAGGGCAACUACACCUGCGAGUUUGCCACCUUCCCGAAGGGCACCCGCUCGGGGGUGACCUGGCUCCGAGUCCUCGCCCAGCCCCAGAACCAUGCGGAAGCCCAGGAGGUCACCCUCAGCCUGGACCCUGUCCCGGUGGCCCGCUGUGUGUCCGUGGGGGGCCGCCCAGCUGCGCAGAUCACCUGGAUCUCAGCCCUGGACGGGGAGGCCAGAGACAGCCAGGAGCCAGGACUCCAACCAGGCACGGUCACUGUCACCAGCCGCUACACCAUGGUGCCCCUGGGCCGAACGGAUGGCGUCAAAAUCACCUGCAAGGUGGAUCACGAGAGCUUCCAGGAGCCCAUGCUGCUGCCCGUGACCCUCUCUGUGCGCUACCCGCCCGAGGUUUCCAUCUCCGGCUAUGAUGACAACUGGUACCUUGGCCGCAGCGAGGCCACCCUGCACUGUGAUGUCCGCAGCAACCCAGAGCCCACAGGCUACGACUGGAGCACGCCUUCAGGCACCUUCCCAGCCUCCGCAGUGGUCAAGGGCCCCCAGCUGCUUGUCCACUCAGUGGACCGCCUGGUCAACACCACCUUCAUCUGCACAGUCACCAACGCUGUGGGCACAGGCCGUGCCGAGCAGGUCGUCUUGGUCCGAGAGACACCCAACACGGCAGGUGCGGGUGCCACCGGAGGCAUUAUCGGGGGUAUCAUCGCCGCCAUCAUUGCCACUGCAGUGGCUGCCACGGGUGUCCUCAUCUGCCGGCAGCAGCGGAAGGAGCAGAGGCUGCAGGGGGCCGAGGAGGAGGAGGAUGACAUGGAAGGACCACCCUCCUACCAGCCACCCACCCCAAAAGUGAAGGCGAAGCUGGAGGAGCCGGAGAUGCCCUCCCAGCUCUUCACUCUGGGAGCCUCGGAGCACAGCCCGCUCAAGACCCCUUAUUUUGAUGCUGGCGUCUCGUGUACUGAGCAGGAAAUGCCUCGAUACCAUGAGUUGCCCACCUUGGAAGAGAGGUCAGGGCCUCUGCUGCUGGGGGCCACAAGCCUAACGCCCCCCCUUGUGCCGGUGGGGCCAAACUGCAUGGAAGGGGUUUCCCUGGAUCUAGAAGACGAGGAAGAGGAGGAGACAGAGGAAAACUAUCUGGACAAGAUCAACCCCGUCUACGAUGCCCUAUCCUAUAACAGCCCCUCUGGUUCCUACCAGGACCAAGGCUUCAUUGUAUCCCGGGCCAUGUAUGUGUGAGGCCUCUGGCCUCUCGCCUAUCAUCUUUGAUCCCUUAUAUUUUUGUUAGGGACCUGGCGCCCCCUGUCAUCUGGCCAAGCCCCUGUCAGUUAACACAUGGGCGGUCAUCUGUGACUUCUACCUUAGUGGCUCCAGGGUGACCUCUAACGCAUGAUCUCGGACCCAGAGAAACUUGCCAAGAUAGUGGAAGCCUGGUAACUUUACCUCGUGAGGCAGGGGGUAGACAGGAUGUUUCUGCACAACCUCUGACCCCAGGACACCUUUCUCAAACCGUGACCUUAGACCAUAGCACUCGCUUCUGGCUGGCCCACAUCUCAGCUCCUCCAGAAAUCCCAAAGACUCCAGACCUCUGAUUUAUCCUCAGGCAGUAAGUCCUGACAGGUCUGAAAGCACAGGCAUUUAGGGGUUCUCUGCUGCUCAGACUUGAGCCCUCCAGGCAGCAGGGCCUCUUUGUCUCCUCCCUGCUCCCCAAAGGUGGGAGGGAAGGGGAUUCCCAGCCUUAGGCCGAGCUUUCCUCUCUCCCCCUCCUGCGGGCAGGAGUCUCAGGGUCCAAGCCCUUCCCUGAGUCCCACCACCCAAUUCCUUUGCACAGAGGAUGAGCUCCAGGGCCGGGGAUAUAGCUCAGUGGUGCAAGCACCUGCCUGGCAAGCACGAGGUCGUGAGUUUGAUUCCCGGCACGCCCCUACCCCCCUCAAAAACCACCAUCUCAGAGCGUGAGCUCCAGCCCAGUGCUAAAAGGAAAGCUUCCUGCCUUUGCCUUGGCCGCCCAGCUGUAGGUGGAGAGUUGGCUGUUACUUUGAAGACUACUGAACCCUCUGAUCUCUGCCCACUGGGCUGAGAACGAAACAUCCCCCUUUGGAGAAAAGUGGGUCACUGGGUUGGGGGUGCGGGCUAUGAUAUUGUUUUGUAAUCUAGAAUUUCCUACAAAAUACGAGUUUAUACUUCGACCACA